CGUUGUGCUGUGGGAUUCGCGGACCCCUCUGGCCGCGCUCUGGCUGUUUCACCGCGCCCCGGCUGGGACUUGGAGUCUCUUAUCUUUCCCUGGUGUGGUACAUGACCCGGAAGCCUCGGCUGGCCGCCGCGUCAUCCAUGGCGCCGGCGCAGAGCGAGAAGGAGGUGGGAACGCCGUGAAGCAAGAGCGGUAGGCAGAGCGGGGAGGCGAACUGCAACAGAGUUCUUGCUUUCCGGCAGGUGAUGGCGCCCCUCGCGGCCUAGAGGUCCAGCGCCCGCCGCGAGCAGCGGACAGUCCUCCUGUUGUGUCCGACCGAGAGUCCUGGUGACUUUGAACAUGCUGGUGCCGCUAGCCAAGCUGUCCUGCCCGGUUCAUUGCCAUUUUCAUAGCCUGCUGGCAUGAAAGAUGUAGACACCAAUGUGCCAUCAGUGUGACUUUGAUAUGGUGAUGCUAUGAGUUCAGUGGACUUUGUGACCUCUCUUCUCAACCACGGAGACUGAAUAUUCAAAUGUCUAAACAUAUCAGUGCUUUCAUGCCUUAAAAAUUAAGAAAAAUUAUCUACCUCUAUGUGCUACAAGAUGGUCUUCAACUUCUACUGUGCCUCGAAUUACUACCCAUUAUACUAUUUAUCCCCGCGAUAAGGACAAGAGAUGGGAAGGAGUGAACAUGGAAAGGUUUGCAGAAGAAGCAGAUGUUGUAAUAGUUGGUGCAGGCCCUGCAGGGCUCUCUGCAGCUGUUCGUCUAAAACAGUUGGCUGCGGCACAUGAAAAGGACAUCCGUGUGUGUCUAGUGGAGAAAGCUGCCCAGAUAGGAGCUCAUACUCUCUCAGGGGCUUGCCUUGAUCCAGGUGCUUUUAAAGAACUCUUCCCAGACUGGAAAGAGAAGGGGGCUCCACUUAACACUCCUGUGACAGAAGACAGAUUUGGAAUUUUAACAGAGAAAUACAGAAUUCCUGUGCCAAUUCUUCCAGGGCUUCCAAUGAAUAAUCAUGGCAAUUACAUUGUACGCUUGGGACAUUUAGUGAGCUGGAUGGGCGAACAAGCAGAAGCCCUUGGUGUUGAAGUAUACCCUGGUUAUGCAGCUGCUGAGGUCCUUUUUCAUGAUGAUGGUAGUGUAAAAGGAAUUGCCACUAACGAUGUAGGGAUACAAAAGGACGGUGCACCAAAGGCAACAUUUGAGAGAGGACUGGAACUACAUGCUAAAGUCACAAUUUUUGCAGAAGGUUGCCAUGGACAUCUAGCCAAGCAACUAUAUAAGAAGUUUGAUUUGAGAGCAAAUUGUGAACCUCAAACCUACGGGAUUGGACUGAAGGAGUUAUGGGUUAUUGAUGAAAAGAACUGGAAACCUGGGAGAGUAGAUCACACUGUUGGUUGGCCCUUGGACAGACAUACCUAUGGAGGAUCUUUCCUCUAUCAUUUGAAUGAAGGUGAACCCCUAGUAGCUCUUGGUCUUGUGGUUGGUCUAGACUAUCAGAAUCCAUACCUGAGUCCAUUUAGAGAGUUCCAGAGGUGGAAACACCAUCCUAGCAUUCGGCCAACCUUGGAAGGUGGAAAAAGGAUUGCAUACGGAGCCAGAGCUCUCAAUGAAGGUGGCUUUCAGUCUAUACCAAAACUCACCUUUCCUGGUGGUUUACUAAUUGGUUGUAGUCCUGGUUUUAUGAAUGUUCCCAAGAUCAAAGGUACUCACACAGCAAUGAAAAGUGGAAUUUUAGCAGCAGAAUCUAUUUUUAAUCAACUAACUAGUGAAAAUCUCCAAUCAAAGACAAUAGGACUCCAUGUAACUGAAUAUGAGGACAAUUUGAAGAACUCAUGGGUAUGGAAAGAGCUAUAUUCUGUUAGAAAUAUAAGACCGUCCUGCCACGGAGUACUGGGUGUAUAUGGAGGGAUGAUUUACACUGGAAUCUUUUACUGGAUAUUGAGAGGAAUGGAGCCAUGGACUCUGAAACAUAAAGGUUCUGACUUUGAACGGCUCAAGCCAGCCAAGGAUUGCACACCUAUUGAGUAUCCAAAACCCGAUGGACAGAUCAGUUUUGACCUCUUGUCAUCUGUGGCUCUGAGUGGUACUAAUCAUGAACAUGACCAGCCGGCACAUUUAACCUUAAGGGAUGACAGUAUACCUGUAAAUAGAAAUCUGUCGAUAUAUGAUGGGCCCGAGCAGCGAUUCUGUCCUGCAGGAGUUUAUGAAUUUGUACCUGUGGAACAAGGUGAUGGAUUUCGGUUACAGAUAAAUGCUCAGAACUGUGUACAUUGUAAAACAUGUGAUAUUAAAGAUCCAAGUCAGAAUAUUAACUGGGUGGUACCUGAAGGUGGAGGAGGACCUGCUUACAAUGGAAUGUAAACUGCAGCUAGCCAGUUUCUUUAAAGUAUGGCAAGCUAACUUUAAAAGUUUAGAGAUUAACAGAUGUCAAAAUGUCUUUCUGCAUAUUACUGAACAGUCACAAAAUGAUUAUCAAAUAAAAAUUUUAUACUAUAUCUAAGAUUGUCCCAUAAAAAA